CUUAAUGUAUAAACUAUACAAUUUAAAGUUUUAUUUUGAGACAGUGAACUGAAUAUUGCUAUGUUUAAAAUUACCUUGUGUGGUUUUUAACCAAAAAUAUUUCAGUUCCAGUGAUCAGGCUGUGGCUGUAUUUUGCAGAUUUUAAGAGUGAAUGCAUGGAGCUGCACAUUAACUUCACACUAAAGUGAAUCCUGGAAAAUGAAGAUUGUAUUUGUAAUUCUUUCUCAGAGUUCCUUCAAACUGUCGGAGAGAUUUCAGCCUGUUGAUGUUUGACCCUGAUGGGGAUCAGGUUAAAUGCAGAUAUGGAAACUCCUCACUCUCGGAGUGUAACAGCUGUGAGCCACCAUCUGUCCUCAGCCUCUCAUCAUCCACUUGUACUCUGUCGUUCGGCCCCACUGCUGACAGUAAUGUGGGCAACUAUGGAGUACAGCUGCUGAUGGAGGACUUUCCCAUGAAGAACAUCACCAUGACUGGAGUCAAUGGCACAAAAACAACACAAACACCUAACGAUGCUCUCAGCAAAAUACCGAUCCAGUUUGUUCUGAUAGUGGAUCCUCAUGUCUUAUCCUGCACAGAGGGAGUUUUUUUGCCCAAAUUCUUGCCUCCAACCCCAAACAACAGAGCUCGGCUCUACACGCCUGUUAAUAAGACUCUGGAAAUCAGCAUCAGUGCAGAGGCACAAAACUCCACGAUCUCUGAGCUGCUGUUCAGCGGACCAUAUGAUGCAAUUCAGAAUAAAACUGGACCAGGAAAUUUCACCCUGAGAUGGACGCCAUCUAAAUCACAAGACAAUGACACCCUCCCCUUCUGCUUUGUUGUCCAGGCACUUUCCAAUGAAACCAAGUAUCACUCAGACCUUCGAUGUGUCAGCGUGACUGUUGGAAAUGGUGUCCCAGCCAGUGCUUCAGCUUUUGUCCUGGUCGUGGGAUCUUUCCUUUCAACUCUUAUUCUUGCCUUCCCUUCCAUAUGAAACUGGAUAAAAUCAGAGGUAAGUUCUUCUAUAAUCAGAUUUUCUACCAUAGCAUCAAUGACUGCUCUUUACCACUAAGUACUAAUAGUACAACUGGUAUUGCUAAAAGUAGCAGUGUUGAUGUCCAGUGAUUGAGCUACAGAAAACUAUGAGCACACACAAAAUGGUUAUGGCAACCUCUGUAGGAGCAUACAAAUAAUUCACAAAAUAUGCUAACACCACACAAAGCACAACUUAUUCUAUGAAAUGGUCCAGAAAUGAGUCACAUCAUACAAUCACUAAAUAUCUAACAUAUCAAUCUGAGGAUUAUCUCAAAUGUAAA